AUGCGCAGUUCUGGUACGAUACUUACGGCAUCUUUCCGGGGAAACCCUCGGAUUAUAGAGAACCCAGGCAACCUGCCAAAAGAAGUUAUCAAAAGAAACCUCGUCCACCAACUCAGUAUGCCCAAGUACACCAGCAAGAACUUCGUCGUCGCAAAGAACGAGUCUUUGGGCGUUCCCCUUUUGGAACGUAUUCAACUUUCUCCCGAAAACGAACGUAAAUUCAAAAACAUCGGAAAACCUGCAAAACGGUACCAACCGUACGCUAACAAGCCCAUCGCCCACAAGCCGCUCGCAUUCGAACGUUGCCUCGAGUUACUCGACGAGGCGAAGAAAGAAGCCCAACGACGUCAGCAAGCUGCUGAUGAUCUACUCAAACAACGACGCGCGGAAGCCAAGAAAAUUGGUACGCGUCGAGCUUAUGAUGACCUAGUACGCUCAUGCCCGGAUCUCUUCGCGUCCGAGGGGGAAAAUUUCCUCCUAUGGAUUAAAGAGAUCGAAGAGACUUCAGCGAGCCUAACAAAGCUCAAAUUCAUGAAGAAGGGGAUUCUUCGCCGUUGCGAUGAACUCCUCCCCACUCUCGUUGCCGUAAAUAAGCGGUUCUUCGCAACGCACGACCAUUUGGUUGAUGCAGAGGAACUCGCUAAGGCCGGGAAAGGGUCACUUGCUGCCGAGCAGGUGCAUGAUUUGCUGAAGCUCUUAGACGGGCUUAGCUACAUCAAGGAGGUCGUCGAAGACAAAGAGCUCGACAUUGUCGAAUGGGGCAAUACGGAGUGGAGGCGGAUCAGCGGGCUUUGCAGGCGGUUAAAAAAGGUACACACAGAAGGCACGGACUUUUAUGACAUUUGUAAAACACUGUUAGAAGGGAACUACACCAUACCGGUGCGGUUUAAAGCCUACAGUAAAGAUACAGAUGAUUUCGUCUGGUACAAUGGUGUAUAA